AUGGGAAAAGCCAAAAAAGAAAAAAAUAGAAUUGCAAGAGAACAAAGUAAGAAAGGAGGAAAUGGACAAGUCAAGAGAGGAAGUGGUGGUACUAGUGGCGGUGCUGGCAACUUAAAGGUUAAAGGUGAAAAUUUUUAUCGGGAUGCUAAAAAAGUAAAAUUUAUGAAUAUGAUUAAAUCGGGUAAGGCAAUACGAAAUGCAAAAGGGAAAAUCGUAAAAGAAGCUCCAUUUCAAAGUAAAAAGGCUGUAACCGGAAGAGUUCAACCAAAUAGAAGAUGGUUUGGUAAUACUAGAGUCAUUGGACAAAAAGAAUUGGAAGCUUUUCGUGAAAGUUUAGGAUCAAAAGUUGAUGACCCAUAUCAAAUUCUUCUUCGACAAAAUAAAUUACCAAUGAGUUUAUUAACAGACCCAACAAAGGUAUCAAGAAUGCAUAUGUUGGAGACUGAAAAAUUUUCAGAUGCUUUUGGUCCAAAGGCACAACGAAAGCGUCCAAAAAUAAAUGUAAAUUCUUUAAAAGAUUUAGCAUCAAACACAAAUGGAUCAAUAGAACAAUACACUGAAAAAAAUGACUCAUCACUUCUUUCUAAUGUCAUAACUGAUUGGACAGAAGAAGCUCGUGACAGUGUAUUCUCAAAAGGAAAAUCAAAGCGUAUAUGGAAUGAGUUGUAUAAAGUUAUCGAUUCUUCUGAUGUUGUAAUUCAUGUAUUGGAUUCUCGUGAUCCAAUUGGAACCAGAUGUAAAAACGUAGAACAAUAUUUGAAAAAAGAAUCAAAUCAUAAACAUUUGAUAUUUUUAUUGAACAAAUGUGACCUUGUUCCUACAUGGGCAGGAUGGGUUAAACAAUUAUCAAAAGAAUAUCCAACUUUAGCAUUUCAUGCAAGUAUUAAUAAUCCUUUUGGCAAAGGCUCAUUAAUACAAUUGUUACGUCAAUUUGGAUCAUUGCAUUCUGACAAGAAACAAAUUAGUGUUGGAUUCAUUGGUUAUCCAAAUACUGGAAAGAGUUCAAUUAUCAAUACUUUAAGAAAUAAAAAAGUUUGGCAAUAUAUCACCUUGAUGAAAAGAAUAUAUUUGAUUGAUUGCCCAGGAAUCGUCCCACCUUCACUUGAAGAUAGUGAAACUGACAUUGUUCUAAAAGGAGUUGUAAGAUUUUCUAAUCUUAAAACACCCGAAGAUUAUAUUCCAAACAUUUUAGAACGUGUUCGUAAAGUAUAUUUACAACGUAUAUAUGAGAUAAAUGAAUGGGUCGAUCAUAUGGAUUUUCUUGAACAAAUUGCUAAAAAAUCAGGAAGAUUAUUAAAAAAAGGUGAACCGGAUAUUCAUACUGUAGCAAAAGUAGUUUUGAAUGAUUGGUUACGUGUCUUCACUUUAUCAAGUGGAUAUCAGUUUAUCAAGGCCUCAAUUCAAAUAUCCACAUCAUAUUUUACAUUUUCAUGGUCGAUGUUCUUUUCUAAUUACUUUAACUCAUCAUUUUCCUCUAAUGAUGAUUCAUUGAUUGCAAAGGUGAAGAUGAGAUGA